GACGAAAACGAAACCAAAAAAGUGUUCAUUUUUGUUACUAUGUGACGAACAAUGUUGGUCGCCUGGAACAAUUUUGGAUAAAAAGGCAACAAGCAGACAAAAGUGUCGCAGUACAAACGUGAAUAUCUGUUAAUGGUUCCGUGUGUCUCCUUGUGUGAUGUCCGGGUGUGUUGUUUCCUGAUCGACGACAUCUAUACCUGUCAAGUUUUGGAUUUGAAAAUGAGGGAAAUCUUCCGGCGCCCGCCGCGAGCUGUCCCACCACCUCAACCAAGCUCCAGUGUCCCUUACAUUUUAAGACAGUUGUGUUUCAGCAGUAAAAAUGGCGAAGAGGAAGAAGAGAAAGCGAUCCGACUCUGCGUCGUCCUCUUCGAUGUCUGAGCAGCCAAUCAGCUCCUGCAGUGAACCUUCUGUGAGUGAAUCGUCCACAGCUCCCAGUGUCGUCUCUAUGAAGAGCGAUGGUUCCAUGUUUCAUCCGCUCAAUUUUAAGGAGACACAAAGCGAGCUCACAGCUCCCAGUGUCAUCUCCAUGAAGAGUGAUUCAUCCAUGUAUGAACCUUUAAAUUUUAAUCGUCAGAAGACACACAGCCAAACGACAGGAGAGCCCUCCAGCUGUUCAGUACAACAUACUGAGGAAGACAUCAGACACAGCCACCUUUUGGAAGCAAAGAAGAAUCUGAAAGAAGCAAUGCAAAAGAAAUUUACGUUGACUUCUGAAGGUAAUGGCGACGAAGGGAGCUCCCUGAACAAAAUCUACACAGAACUCAUCAUCACCACCGGAGAGAGUGAAGGGCCACAUGACGAACAUGCGUUUAGAAGCAUCAAACAUAAAUUGGAAAGAAAACCUUCUAAACAAUCAAUCAACCUCAGUGACAUCGUCAAACCUUUGUCUGGCCAAGAGACAUCCCACAGGACCGUCCUGACAAAGGGCGUCGCAGGCAUCGGUAAAUCAUUCGCUGUGCAGAAAUUCGUCCUCGACUGGGCCGAAGACCGCGAAAACCAGGACAUUGAUUUCAUUUUCUGUCAUGCUUUUCGAGAGGUGAAUUUGAGUAGAGAUGACAAAAGCUUGCAUGAGCUCCUGAUUGAACUUCACCCUGCACUCAGAAGUUUGAUAAAUUCAGAAGAUUACACCAGGGCCAGAGUCAUGGUGAUCCUGGACGGGCUUGAUGAAAGCCGUUUUCACCUGGACUUUGCAAACAAGAUGGUAACAUCGGUCAGUGAAGUGACCUCUGUGGGCAAUCUUCUUACAAACCUCAUCCAGGGUAACUUUCUUCAAAAUGCAAAAGUCUGGAUAACUUCCCGUCCAGCAGCAGCCAGUCAGAUCCCUGCAGAGUUUGUUGACAUGGUGACUGAGAUAAGAGGGUUCAGUGACCCACAGAAAGAAGAGUACUUCAAGAGAAGAUUUAGUCCCGACUUGGGCCUUGCUGAAAGGAUUUUUUCACACAUUCAGUCUUCACAGAGUCUCGACAUCAUGUGUCAGAUCCCGAUCUUCUGCUGGAUUUCUGCGGUAUUGUUUGAAGAGAUAUUUAAGGGAGACGAGAAAGCUGAAAUCCCCCAAACGCUAACAGAGAUGAUGGCACAUUUCCUGUUCGCCCAGACCAAACGCAGAAGCAGAAAAUAUGACAAGAUAACUGAGACAAACAAGGAACGACUUCUGAGGAAACACAGAGAAUUCCUUCUGAAACUUGGAAAACUUGCAUUUGUCCAGCUGCAAAAGAACAACCUGAUUUUCUAUGAAGAAGACCUGCAAGACUCUGAGAUUGACAUAGCAGAGGCAACAAUCUACUCUGGAUUUUGCAAUGCAGCUCUGAGGGAAGAACAUGUGGCUUCUCAGAAGAAGGUCUUCUUCUUUGUACACCUUACUGUACAGGAGUUCUUUGCAGCUCUUUUUGUCUAUGACUGUUUCACCAACAAAAAUGCAAAAGAACUUGGUGAAUUCCUUGAUCUGAAGGACAAAGAACAUACUUUCCUUGAUCUUCUGAAGAUGACAGUUGAUAAAGUGCUGGAGAAGAAGAAUGGCCACCUGGACUUCUUCUUGCGCUUCCUCCUCGGCCUUUUGGUCGAGUCCAACUGCAGAGUUGUUCAGGGUCUGCUGACGACGCCAGAACCAAGCCAAGACACCGACAAGAAAAUCUUGACUUAUCUCAAAGCCAUCCGAAGGAAAGCCCUCCCACCACAAAGCAGUAUCAACCUCUUCCAGGCCAUGGUUGAAAUGAGAGACCACAAAGUCAAAGAUGAGAUUCAGGAAUAUCUCAAGUUGUCAGAUCGUUCCAAAACAGAGCUGACUCCCCUGCACUGCUCGGCACUGGCCUACAUCCUGCAGGUGUCCAAGAAUGAUCUGGAUGAGUUGGACUUGAAGAGUUUCAACACAUCAGAGGAAGGCAGACGGAGGCUGAUACCAGCUGUGAGGAUCAGCAGGAAGGCCAUACUUGCAGACUGUAAAGUGACAGAAGAGUGGGUUGAACAUGUGGCCUUUGGUCUCAAGUUUCCUUACUUGCCUCUAAGAGAUCUGGAUCUGAGCAACAAUGACCUGAAGGAUUCAGGAGUAAAGCUGCUCUGUGAUGGACUGUCGAGUCAGCACUGCAAACUGAAGAUACUGAGGUUGUCAGGUUGCCUAAUCACAGAGGACGGCUGUGGUUAUCUGGCCUCAGCUCUAAAGUCCAACCCCUCCCAUCUGACAGAGCUGGACCUGAGCUACAACAACCCAGGAGACUCAGGAGUCAAAGUUCUGUCUGACCUGAGAGACGAUCCACAACACAAGCUCAUCAAACUCAAUCUUGAACAUGGUGGAAUUCACCGGAUGACACCAGGAUUCAAGAAAUACGCCUGUGAGCUCACAUUGGAUGCCAACACAGCCCACAAGAAGCUCCUCCUCUCUGAAGGGAACAGAAAGGUGACCUGGGUGGAAGCAGAGCAGCCAUAUCCGGAUCACAAAGACCGGUUUGAUCACAACCCACUGGUGCUGUGUGAACAGGGUCUAGACGGGCGCUGCUACCUGGAGGUUGAGGCGUUGCAGCCCUUUAAUAUUGGGCUGACGUACAGAACCAUUGGCAGGAAAGAUAAAGUGAAUGAUGGCAGGCUGGGACACAACGACAAGUCUUGGUGUCUGACUUGCUUAGAUGACGGUUGUUAUGUUUGGCACAAUGACGAGAUUGUCAAUACUCCUCCUCAGUGUAUUUGCUCUCGCUCCAGUCGGGUGGGAGUGUAUCUGGACUGGCCAGCUGGGACUCUUUCCUUCUACAGAGUUUCCUCUGACAGUCGAACACGCCUUCAUACCUUCAAAACAAAGUUCACUGAGCCCCUUUAUCCUGCAGUUGAACUUCUCCCUCAGUCUUCUGCAUUAUUUUGUCAGCUAACAUAACUCACUGCACUCACACAAGCCACCAAGGGUGUAGAUUUGUAAGUGGAUGUUCAGGCCAUGUCCCAUGCUGUCAGAGGACUACUGACUUGUUCUCAGCAAUAGCUUUAGCAGUCUAAACUUAGUGAUUAGCCUGUUAGUAGCAGGUCUAAGCAGAGCUGACAGGCUUGUAUCUGCAAAAUGAUGGAUGAAGAAAGACAGAAAGAGGCAACAACAGAGAGUAACAGUAGUUUGUUUGAAGCUGUGUGAGUCUAACUGGGAGUUUGAUUAGAGUAGCUAAAGAUUACUGCAAGCAACUAAAGCUUGCUCAGUCAGUUGCUAAAUUGCUCCACGUGCCAAGAGCCUAUGUUACAGUGCAGUUAGAGGGUUUCUUUAGCUUCACUAGGCUAAUUUGAAGUACAAACGAGAGAAAUAGAUGUGUGUGGCUAAUAUGAGCGAUACAGAUUGGCAGAGAGCUAUAGAGCUUUAGAAGCCUCCACCAGCACCUCCCUCAACACUCUUGUUGGAUCAUGAGGAAGAUAACGGUUAAAUUAAUGCUUCCCAUAGGCUAGCAGUCAGGUGUAGUGCUGUGUAAAGGAAGUCGUUAGUGAGCCGAGGGCUCGCUUCGGGUUGUGGCUACAGUGUGAUUGACAAGUCGCUACCCAGCUCCACCCUCUCAUCCACAUAAAAUAAAAACAGACUCGAGGCUUUAAAACGAUAGUCCACAAACCAAUGGGUGAGAAAUAAAUGAUUAUGUCCCCCACUUUUUUCUCAAGACUACUCCAGGUGGUUAUUUUCUUGAAACAGUGCAAGAGAAGCACUGUUGACUGUUUUUAAAAUACUUGUUGUGAUUUAAAUGUAAUAUAACUUGUAAUGUAUUUCUUUUAAAAUAUUCAUCUAAGUCGUAGCCAGCAAAACUCUUGUGUGUGUUUGUGAAACAGACGACAUGAACACAAACACAUCAGUCUGGGAUUCAAACAUGUCCUUAACCAUUUUAAAUUCAAUCCUACACCCUCCCCAGCAGCAACCACAGAAACCUACACUUACUGUUUUAGUUUUAUACCCAUUUUUCAGCCAUCAUAUCCGUAACGACAGUGAAACUCACAGAUGUAUUUCCUCAAUGAAAAGCUACUUUAAAUUACACGUGUGACCAAAUCUGUACGACUGAACGGUUCUUCUGUUGUUGUUUUAUCAAUUUUUAUAUGUUUAAUCGUUUAAGUUUUAUCUGUGUGACAGUUGUUUUCUUUGUGCAGAUUUGACCAAUAAGACUCUGAUGUAAUGUUAAGCAUCUUAAUGUGGCAAACAACUGAUUGUUUCUAUCUUUUAAAUGCUAAAAGCUAACAUUAAAAUACACUCGAUUGACCCAACAACUUGAAGUUGUUCAGAUUAGACUGUUGACUUUUUGGGCUUAGUUCAGUUUUGUUCAUGGUUUACAAUAUUCUAUUUACAAUUUGAUUUUCAUCUGAACAGGUUUGAGGGACCAAAUAACUUUUAACUGUGACACCAUUCUAAAUAAGCCAUAGUUAUUCAGUUAAUUGUAAGUAUUGUAUGAUAGUGUAGAGAUGAAUGUUUUAAUCUUUUAUGCUUUUGGAUGGAUGUAAAUAGGUAAAUAGGCAUUUUAUAUUUUUCUUGACCAUUGCCACUCUGAUUUUUUUAAUGUUUCAGUAUAUCUAGCUGUGUUACAAGAUCGAGAUAUGAAUGAUACAUCUGUGAGUUUAGACUCUACAUCAGUGAUGCUGAAAAAGACAAAGAAGUUGGCACUAAAGUUUGAAAACUCCUGCUGCUCUUUUUAUCCUCUGUUCUUUCAUCAUUCUCUACACUAGAAACUCACCUGUACCUUCUGCACUUGUAAACUUACCAAACCAGUAGCAGGAAUGGCUGCUAAAUUUUUCAAAACAUGUGACAUUUUCACUUCUCACAUGUUAGUUUCAUACCAUCACUUGUGUUUCUGUGUAAUAUAUGUAUGUUAGCCUCCAUGUCUAUGUUUUGAUUAUAGCAGCAUAUGUGUUAUGUUUAAGUUGUGUGCAUAUAUGUGUGUCUGAUUACAGUUUUAAGUUUUUGUUGUGAUUUUGUGGCAGACUGUUUGUGUUUUCGAUCAUGCUAGAAACAUGUAUCCAGGGAUGUUAAUGUCUACUGGUCCACCAUUUUGGUCCAGACUGAAAAAUCUCAACCAAUACAAGCUGGAUUACCAGGAAAUUUGGUACAAAAUUCAUGAUCCCCAUAAGAUAAAUAUAAAUUAGUUUAUUGAUUUUGAUUUAUGACCAAAUACCUUCAGAAUCCCCAUCCACCUCAACUGUAUGAUGUUUUAUGUUGUAAUUAGCAGCUGUUAGCAUGCUUGCGCACUAAAGCAGGAUGGUGAACAUAGUGAACAUUAUACCUUAUUGAUUAUAGUUGUUAAACAUCAGCAUCAUGAGCAUGUUAGCAUUGUGGCAUUAGCAUUUAGCUUAAAGCACUGCUGUAUCUGAGGACAAGCUCACAGGACCGUAGCAUGGCUGUAGACGCUUAGUUGAUUUAAAGAUAUAAAAUGUUGGAAUUCUGCAUUAAAUGAAUGACUACACAUGUUUCUAGCAUCACAUUUCAAUGAUUUGACCAGUUGUAAACAGCUUUAACAUGUCUGUAUUGUGUCUGAACUGUGUGCAUUUCAAUGUGUUCCAUAAGUAAAAGUUGACGUACUUUAAGAGAUUGUACUUUAUAGACAGUAUUAAUAAUCCAGUUUCAAGAUGUUUAGUCUCAAAUUUUAAAUAUGUAUGUCAAGUAUUCAGAUACAGUGUACUGGUACUAAUAUUUGGGCUUGUGUUACAUGAUAAAUGCCAGUAUUCAUCAAAACAACUCAACAUUAGGAUGAUUUCCUUGUGUAUGUUAACAAAUAGGAUCUAGGAUCCGCUUUUUAAAAAUUUUUUUUUUUACCUUAAAUAAAAACAUGUUG